ACUGGGCAAGGCGCUGGCGGUAACUUUCCUUCUCUGUGAACGGAGCAACCAAAACGACUUCUCGCAGAGUUGCAGAAGGUGCAAAUGCGCCAUUAACUAAUUCUGCAUAAAGUUCCAGUCACCGCGCAAGAGAUGUUCCGUCCACCCACUCCUUAGGUGCUGCCCACUCCUAAGAGGAAGAAAGCAACUAAGAGGAAGUUCGAGGAUGCCGGUUCCGGGAGCCUGUGGCCAUGGCUCAGAGGGCGGCCGGCCCCAUGUGGUGGGGCUCCGUGCGGCGCUCCCGGUCCUGGUGCUGGUCCUGGUCCUGAGGCUCACGCUGCUCACCGCAGGUUUUCUGGAAGUGGAGAUGGCAGGGAGGACUCAGAUGGUUUUCCUGAAUGAAAAUGCGACUAUCUUUUGCAAGAUCCCUGGUUUCCCACACCUGGACAUCAACAGUAUGGGUAUCACCUGGUUUUGGAAGGCUCAGGUGUCUGAAACAGAGAUCAAACUGUUUGAAUUUUUUGGAGACCACAAAGUGGCAUUCCGACCUGGAGCCAACGUGUCUCCAUGGAGUCUGAAGAGGGGGGAUGCCUCACUGCAGCUGCCUGGGGUCCAACUGUGGGAAGCAGGAGAGUACCGAUGUGAGUUGGUGGUCACUCCUCAGAAGGCACAGGGGAGAGUCUGGCUGGAGGUUGUAGCUCACCCAGUCAGUAGCUUGUUUCUGGAGCAAGCCAUGGUGAAAGAUAAUGAAGACAAACAUAUUUUGUGUAAGUCAAGUGGAUUCUACCCAGAGGAUAUUAGCAUAACGUGGAAAAGGUGGACCCAGAAGGAUCCCCAGUUCCAGGAGAUUUCUGAGGACAUCAUCACUGGCCCCACCAUCAAGAAUGAGGAUGGUACAUUUAAUAUCACUAGCUACUUGAGGCUGAAGCCCUCUCUGGAAGACAAUGUGACCAUCUACCAGUGUGUGGUAUGGCAUGUAUCCUCACUCAUGUGCCAGAGUUUCAACUUCACCCUGAUUCUGAUAGGAUCUGAGAAGAAAACUGACUCGUGGAUUGUUUGGUUGUGUAUUGGAUUGAUCUUUACUGGACUGAUCUUAUUAAUUUUAUUUUUAUAUUUUUUUCUUUGGAAAAGGGUGUCUGACACUGGACCUGGAGAGACCUCAGAGGUGAGCCCAGAGAUGUAUGGGGAG